AUGCAGAACAAAACUACUAACAGUGAACGAAAAAUGGAAAAAGAGUUACUGGCUCCGUACACGCAUCUACUGCGCGUGCGCGGCAAACAACUGCGCGUCAAGAUCGCCCUCGCCUUCAACUACUGGCUGCGUGUGCGCGACGACAAGCUGCGGCACAUCGUCGACACUGUCAACAUGCUGCACAACGGCACCUUGCUGAUUGACGACAUUCAAGACAACUCCACAGUGCGGCGUGGUCUGCCGUCAGCGCACUGUGUGUUCGGAGUGCCGCUCACCGUCAACACGUCGCUCCAUGUCAUGUUCCUCGUGCUGCAGCGAAUGUUGGAGUCAGGCCUUAAGGCGACAGAAAUAUUCUCCGACGAUUUCCUUGAAGUAAUUCGUGGCCAGGGGAUUGAUAUUUAUUGGCGGGACAACUUUAUCUGUCCGACGGAAGAGGAAUACAAAGAUAUGCUCAUGCAGAAAACGGGCCACAUGUUCUCGUUAGCAGUACGCCUGUGCCAACAGUUCAGCCAAUACGAGCACGACUUGAGCAAGCUGGCGCUUCACAUGGGGCUCUACUUCCAGAUCAGGGACGAUUACUGCAACCUGACGCAGCAGGAGGCUCUAGAAGAGUGGCCGGGAUUCGAAGAUAAACAGGCACGAAAAGACGCCAGUUUUUGCGAAGACAUUACGGAGGGCAAGUUCAGUUUGCCUGUCAUACAUGCGAUGAAUUCGCCGGAAAAAGGGGAGAUUUUGAAUAUUCUCCGGCAAAGGACCCACGAUGUCGAGAUGAAAAAGUAUUGCGUGUCUCUACUGGACAGAGCCGGGAGUUUGACGUACACACACAACAUGCUGGUAGACCUGGACCGAACGGCUAGGGAUGAGGUGGCUCGUCUUGGUGGUAACCCUGACAUGGAGGCGGUGCUGGAUGAUCUUAUGUCUUGGAAACAUUAGGACAAUAAGCAUGAUAAUAGAAACAAAUUUCUUCUAAGAGUACUCUGCUACACUAAGCCAAACUCGAUGUGGAAUGUUUAUCAACCAAUAAAUUAAAGAUGAAGGUAUAGCCACAGUAGAUAUAACAAGCAGUAUAAUAACUCGGCCGUAUUUUUGAAAUAAAUACCUACAGCCGCGCGCUCCGUACACAUGUGAUAGGGCUGCCCGCCUCCAGCAUUUUAAUUACAUUUGCCAACUUUGUGUUUCCAUUUAGUUAUGUGAUUGUAAAUAUACUUUUUUUAAAUAAACAAAUAAAAUACUUUGUAAAUUGUAGUAAAAUAGGAAGUGAUUAAUAAAAUGCGUGUUGUUUUUUGAUUGGUAGAUUUAAAUAAGGCUAAUCAAUGAUCUUGAAGGACCUUCAUAUAUUUAUUUUCGUUAUGCCAUCUAGGUAUUACCACCACACUAGGUGACCAAAUAAUAAAAAAUCGGUCAAGU